AUGCCAACAUUAGAUGACAUUUUGGAGCAUAUUGGGGAGUUUGACUUGUACCAGAAAAGGGCAUUUUUUGUCCUGUGCUUGCUUUCUGCUGCCUUCACACCCAUCUAUGUAGGCAUCGUCUUCCUAGGUUUUAUACCAGAGCACUACUGCCGGAGUCCUGGAGUUGCCGAGCUAAGAGACAGAUGCGGCUGGAAUCUUGUGGAGGAACUGAAUUACACAGUUCCCCAGAGAGAAACCCAUGGAGACACCUUCACGGGUCAGUGCAAGAGAUACGAUGUGGAGUGGAACACCACCGAGCUGAACUGCACAAAUCCACUGAACUUUUUCACCCCGGAAACAAACGUUAGCAGCAUUCCCCUUAUUGCAUGCCAAGAUGGUUGGCUUUAUGACUCUCCAGGAUCUUCCAUUGUGAGCGAGUUCAACCUGGUGUGUGGGGAUGCCUGGAAAUUGGAUCUGUUUCAAUCAUGUGUGAAUGUGGGGUUCUUCGUGGGUUCCAUAAGCAUCGGGUACAUGGCAGACAGGUUUGGCCGUAAACUGUGCCUGUUAGUCACCAUCCUUAUCAAUUCCGUCUCAGGCGUUCUCCUGGCUGUCGCUCCGAGCUACUCCUGGGCUGUGGCUUUCCGGCUGAUACAAGGACUGGUCAGCAAAGGGGGCUGGUUGACAGGCUACAUCCUGAUCACAGAAUUCGUUGGCUUGAAUUACCGAAGAACAGUUGGCAUUGUUUACCAAGUUGCAUUUUCCGUUGGACUCCUUGUCCUGGCUGCCAUUGCUUACGCGCUUCCUCACUGGAGAUGGCUGCAGCUCACCAUUACGUUGCCAAAUUUCUUCUUCUUGCUUUAUUACUGGUGCCUUCCAGAGUCCCCAAGGUGGCUGAUAGCACAACGGAAAAGUGACAAAGCCCUGAAAAUUAUUAGACGCAUUGCCAAGGGAAACCAUAAAAAGCUACCACUUUCUAUGGAGAACCUGCACCCUGAGGAAGAAGUGGGUGACAAGCCACGCCCUUCCUUUCUAGACUUGGUGAGGACACCACAGAUAAGGAAGCACACGCUCAUCUUAAUGUACACUUGGUUCACAAGCUCAGUCCUGUAUCAAGGCCUCAUCAUGCAUGUGGGAAUUGCUGGCGGCAACAUUUAUCUGGACUUCUUUUACUCUGCUCUCGUCGAGUUUCCAGCCGCUCUCAUCCUCAUGCUCACCGUCGACCGCAUAGGCCGCCGCUAUCCCUGGGCCGCAGCAAACCUGACCGCAGGUGCCGCCUGCCUCGUCACAGCCCUGAUCCCCGAAGAUCUCUAUUGGCUUAAAAUGACUGUUACCUGCUUAGGCAGGAUGGGCAUCACUAUGUGCUACGAGAUGGUCUGCUUGGUCAAUGCAGAACUGUACCCAACCUUCCUCAGGAACUUGGGGGUCCUUGUCUGCUCCUCGAUGUGUGACAUUGGAGGGAUCAUAACGCCAUUCGUUGUCUACAGACUGGCAGAGAUUUGGCAUGAACUUCCACUGAUUGUCUUUGCUGUGAUAGGCCUCAUCGAUGGUGGCUUGGUUCUGCUGUUGCCUGAAACCAAAGGAAAACCUUUGCCUGAAACGAUCAAGGAUGCUGAAAAUAUGCACAGUCAAAGAAGGCCAAAAGAAAAAAUGAUUUAUCUUCAUGUCCGAACCUCUGAUGCAGCACCUAAUUAA